AUGUUCCUUGCUUCAUGGCUGCUCGGCGCUUCCGUGUUGUCGACCUUUGCGAGCGCGCAGGUCCUCCUCCAGCAGGAGCCCUACGAUGCAGGCCUGUUCACGCCCUUCGAGAGCCUCUCGGCAUUGUCCGAAAAUGAGUUCACGUCCCUUUCUCACCCGUUCUUCCCCAAUUACGGCGUGCGAGUGAAGAAGACGAAGUUCUGCGACGGGAUGGUCAACUCGUACACAGGGUAUCUAGACAUCUCCGAGACGAGGCACCUGUUCUUCUACUUCUUCGAGAGCCGCAACGACCCUGCGAAGGACGAUGUGAUUCUCUGGACCAAUGGAGGUCCUGGCUGCUCUUCAUCUAUCGGCCUGUUCAUGGAGCUCGGUACGUACUCUCGGACGCAGGAUCUUGAGAAAGACCAACACAGCUCAGGCCCCUGCCGCGUUCUGGACGAGAGUGGUGCCAAGUAUCACUCCGAGUCGUGGAAUAGCAAUGCCAACCUCUUCUUCAUCGACCAGCCAGUCGGUGUUGGUUACUCGUACGCCGACUACGGUGAACAUGUUUACACCACUGAGGAAGGCGCCAAAGAUAUCGCUGCUUUCGUUGCUAUAUUUUUUGAGCACUUCAGUCAGUUCAAGGGACGGCCUUUUCAUAUGGCUGGCGAGUCGUAUGGUGGUCGCUACCUUCCUCUGUAUGCAUCAGCGGUGUACGACCAGAAUGCCGCUUUGGUUAAGGCGGGGAUGACCCCAGUGAACCUGUCCUCUGUGCUCAUAGGGAACGGUAUCUCGGACCCCUUCCGCGUGUUCCUGUCCUACUACGACAUGCAGUGCACGAACGCGUCUGUCCCGCCCGUCGUCGAUAUCGCGACAUGCGUGCACCAGAAGACCAUGGUCAAGCGCUGCACUCAGUGGUUCCAGGAGGCUUGCAUCGACCAGUACGACGCCAUCAACUGUGGCGCUGCUGCGUCCGUCUGUCAAGGCGAGCUUGAGAAGCCGUUCUAUGCGACUGGCAUGAACCCCUACGACAUCAGCCAGCCCUGUAACGGUACUGUCGAAACUACGCUUUGCUACCCGAUCACUGUUCACAUCAGCAACUACCUCUCCCAGCCCGAGAUCCGCGAGCAGCUCGGCGUCGACCCCGCCGUGCCCGCGAACUUCUCCUCCUGCAACACGGACGUCAGCCAGGGCUUCGAGCUCGCGCAGGACGGGUACCAUGUGACGACGAGGGACUACGUGGGCGCCCUGCUCGAGCGUGGCGUUCGGGUGCUGAUAUAUGUUGGCGACUAUGAUUGGAUUUGUAACUGGGUCGGCAACGAGCGCUUCACGCUAGCGCUGAAGUGGUCCGGGCAGGCCGACUUCGCUAGCCACGAGCUGCGAGACUGGUACGUUGGUGGAGCGUCGGCGGGCAAGACGCGCAGCACCAGCGAUGGUCUGUUUACCUUCGCUACUGUGCAUGCGGCGGGACAUAUGGUCCCGUACGACAAGCCGAAGGAGUCGCUUGAACUGCUUAACAGAUGGCUCAAGGGACAGUCGCUUUGA